CCGCCGACCAAACCGACCAGUCGCCCCUCACUCGUGCAACGUGUCGUACGUCCGUUACGUUGCUCCGCGCGACACAACAACCAUGUGGUGAAGUGAAACUGUCAAACGUGAUACGUACUCACACACCAGACAGCUUUAGUGGACUUUUCCACUAUUCUAUUUAUUCCUGGUGAUUUUGUGUUGACGAAGUGGUGCCUUUAUCUUGGAAAGUUGGAUUAUACGAUCAAAUAAUGGCCUUAGCAAGGUAUCAACAACAAUCCGCGCGAGCCACUCGAAUGAAGCUCGGGUCGGGCAGCGAGUGUGGCGGUGGGGGGUCGGGCGGCGGCGCGCCCGCUCCACAGUCGGCGCGCGUGUCCUCCAACGGCGCCGGCGGGAUGGCGGUGAGCCGCGUGCCCAGCCCGUUGCACGACGGGAACACGCCCGUUGCGGAAAACUGGUGCUUUACACAGGUCAAAGUGGUGAAGUUCAGUUAUAUGUGGACAAUAAAUAAUUUUAGUUUUUGUAGAGAAGAGAUGGGUGAAGUGUUAAAAUCAUCGACAUUUUCAGCCGGUGCUAGUGAUAAGUUAAAAUGGUGUCUUCGCGUAAAUCCCAAAGGACUCGAUGAAGAGAGCAAAGACUAUUUAUCGUUAUAUUUAUUAUUAGUGUCGUGUAAUAAAUCAGAAGUUCGAGCAAAAUUUAAAUUUUCAAUAUUAAACGCGAAAAGAGAAGAAACAAAAGCAAUGGAAUCACAACGUGCAUACAGAUUCGUCCAAGGCAAAGACUGGGGAUUCAAAAAGUUUAUCAGAAGAGAUUUCCUAUUGGACGAAGCGAACGGCCUUCUACCAGAAGACAAACUGACGAUAUUCUGUGAGGUGUCAGUUGUCGCAGACAGCAUUAAUAUUAGCGGACAAAGUAACGUGGUUCAGUUCAAAGUACCAGAGUGCCGGUUGUCAGACGACUUGGGCGCGUUAUUUGACAACGAAAGGUUCUCAGAUGUCACGUUAGCGGUAGGAGGAAGGGAGUUUCAAGCACACAAAGCAAUAUUAGCAGCACGGAGUCCUGUAUUUGCGGCGAUGUUUGAACACGAAAUGGAAGAAAGAAAAAGAAAUCGAGUAGAUAUUACAGAUGUUGAUCACGAAGUUCUACGGGAGAUGUUAAGAUUCAUAUACACAGAUCGCGCGCCAAAUCUUGACAAAAUGGCGGACGAUUUAUUAGCGGCAGCAGACAAGUACGCGUUAGACAGAUUGAAAGUGAUGUGCGAAGAGGCGCUCUGCCUCAGCCUGUCGGUGGAGACGGCGGCCGACACGCUCAUACUCGCUGACUUGCACUCCGCUGACCAGCUCAAAGCGCAGACCAUCGACUUCAUUAACACGAGCCACGCGACGGACGUGAUGGACACGGCGGGCUGGAAGAACAUGAUCUCGUCGCACCCGCACCUCAUCGCCGAGGCGUUCCGCGCGCUGGCCACGCAGCAGCAGCAGAUCCCGCCCAUCGGGCCGCCGCGCAAGCGCGUCAAGCAGGCCUAGCUCCGCCCGCACAGACACACUCAUACCAAAGACCGCACCGACCACGACGGACCUCCGUUUCGUCGCCACGACGAGCGAAAUUCGAACAAAUGACGACUGACCCGAACACGAUUGAAGACUUCCAUUGUUUCGUUUUAAGCUAAAUGAUAAUUACUCCGUAGGUGCGAAAGCGAUAUGUUUCGUUUCGACCGUUUUUAUCGUUUGGGUUUGUUAACGUUUUGUUUAGAGUCGUGGCGUUAUGAAAAAUAUAUCCUCCUGUGUGAUAUACGAUACCGUGGAAGAUACGGUGAUCGAUUAAUCAUUUUCCCACACCAUAGACGACAGUUUUCGUAUGUACCAUUGGCACACGCAGAUGUACGUCCUGAGUGAAGAAUUCGUCUCCGCACAUCGCGGUUUCGGGCCGAUACGGCUGCGAGCGUGAGCGGCGUUUAUGUAAAGUUAAUAUAAAAUAGCGACGAGAGCAAUACUAUAAGUGAUUUUUUGUAAUGAACUAAGUGACUAAAAAUAGAACCCCAUUUUGGGUAUAUCCUUCCACGAAGUUUCUAUGCCAAAGGAUAACUAUUGCCAUUCUUAUUUUGGAUACAUGGAAGUGAAAGUAUAAAUACAAUGUCAUAUUUGCAAUUGCUCUAGAAUAUGGCUUCCCAUAAAUUGUGCCGUUUUAUAAGAGGAUUGUCGACAGUUUUGUUAUAUAAUCGUCAGACCAGAAUGACCACUAGUAUAUAUUAUCUUGGAUGUGGUCCGGGUGACAUAUGUGCCGCCAAAACAUAUUAGCGCUUAAAGUAUUUGUAUUUAAAGUUUUCAAUCAGCCAACUUUUAUACUAACGUUGGGCGUCGUGUGUGGAGCUAAAUGAAUAUAGAAUAUAUUUACACCAGAUUGGGAAGGAGAGUGGCCGGUGGAUGUGUUCGUAUGUUUAGUUGUGAAUCUACGGAUUCGUCACUUUGUUUACUAUUAUUGAUCUCAAGACGAUAUUCGAUCCUAACGUUUUUGUCUCUCGCGGUCUUUUACUGUACCGCUUUUAAAUAAUUACUUUUAAUGUGUAUGUUAUGAUAAUAUGCUGGACGCUUUUUGCGCGUUUACGUAGUUUUCGAUGUAGACUCGAAGGUAUAUUUUAUAUAUGUCGUUUCUGUGAACAUUCUUUUAUGGUUAUGUUUAAUGUAAAUUAUUGCAAUGUAUUCAAUAUAGACCUCAUAUUUAAAAAAAAGAUGUCGGCCGUGUCAUAUUUUUUUUGUUGAGAUGUUGGAAGAUUAAAAUUGAACAGAUUGGAAAGUAUAUUCGCCUAGUAAAAUAAUUGGUAUUCAAUGAUUCACUGAAUCAAAAAAUGCUUUCAGAAAUUUCUCGGUAGACGUUUAAAGUAGCACUUUUGAUCUACUCGAAGUAGUAUGGUAAUCGAAUGCAAUAAAUGUUUAUAAAGUUCUGUAACAUAGUUUUGUACAAACAUUAUCAAUGUUGAGUCCAAAGUCAAUGUCUUGGCCUCUGUGUAUUGCUUACUGUACAAAGCUCUGUGACAUUAAUUUAGAUGUUGUAGGUGACUCGAGUGAUUGUAAUAAGUCUAUUGAAUUUGUUGGUGUUGUAUAUAGAUGAGCUAUGAUCCCACCAUUAAAAUAUUUCUAAGUACUAAAUUUUAAGUGGUAUCAUUGUGAGACACCAUUCAUGAUUUUUUUAGUACACAUAGGUGAUAUUCCAAUGGCAUAUUGUGAUUUUUCUCAUUAAAAUUUCUGUAUAUUUAAAGUUAGAAAUGUUUUAAAUUUAGAUUGACAAGUUGGCUUUAUUUAAAAUUAUUUUAAGUAAAUAUAGUCAUUGGUUUUGUGUCUUUUUAUGUAUUUUGUGUCUUUCAAGUCAGUCAAUCACUCUUCAUUUAUGCUCCUUCCAUUACAAUUAUUUUUUAUUGUUAUUUGAAAACAGUUCACAUUUAAUUGUUUCUAUUAGUUAAAAAAAAUUCGAAUAAAAUAUCCUAUUCUAUAAUUUUCUUAAGAAAAUGUACCAAUAUCCAUGAAAAACUACAAUAUAUAAAUAAAUAGAAAUAUACUGUGGCCAAUAAAAUUAAUAAUAUUUAUAAUACCAUUUUAUACCCACUUCCCAUUUACAUACUGGCAGUUGUUGUCGCGUAAUAUGAUAGUUACAAAACAAUUGUCAGAAAUAUUAACUGUGAUUUUCGAAAUUGUCAAUAAGUUGAGCAAAUAAAUGAAAUAAUGUAAUA